AUGGAAGCAGCGGUGGGGUGUUGGGUGGAUGCAGCAGAUCGUUUCAGAGAAAGCUCACAUUCUCCUUUUGCUAAAGCUCUUGCAGGGACUGAGACAUACAAACCACCACCUUUUUCUUUUUUGAACAGCAAGCGCUGGCUGAGAAGGAAUCCGAGAUCUAUUCGAUACAUAAACGUUCAGAGAGCAAAGAAAUCUUUACUCAUUUUCAUGGCCAAGGCGAAGCUCGCGGUAGUGCCGGCGGGGGAGAGCGGCAUUUUCAUCACGCAACCCUUCCCAUGCGAUGACAAUGGUGAGCCCAAGAGCGUCAUGGUCGGCCACUCGAGCAGCGCCAACUUCGCGGUGAUCAACGGUAGCGACGAUGGGGUCGUGUUGCGGGCGGUGCGCAUCGCGGCAUCGGGCACGCUCAGAGGCUUCCGCGGCCUCGCGCUCACCGGCUCCGAGGAGAUAGCAUCGUCUUCCUCGAGCAGCAGGAGCUUGGACUUCGUCCGAUCCAUUCGGCUACAGCCCGAGAGCCAUGUCUCCUUCACCAUCACCUUCUCUCCCGGCCAAGUUGGCUACUACCCGGCCAGGAUCCUGUGCGACUUGCAACCGGCGUGGAGAGUCGUGCAGCACAUCCAGGCCACCGGAGACGAUGAAGUUUCCAAGGAUUCGUGGCCGACGGCUCCAUAUUGCAAGCGCAAGCCCAAGAAGAUGCCUCGAUCUCGCAACAUUGUUCCUGGCGUCUCACCACCGGCACCCAAGUUUGAGCUUGUUCUCCCACAAUUUUGGAUGCCUGCUGGUGUGAGGAGGGACUUCCAAAAGAAGACCACCCCACGGGUAUUCAACGACGGCCUCUCGCCUGCGACUUACGCCCGCUACUUCGCGGCGCUUCUCUAUGAAGAAGAGUACCAAAUGGAGUUUGAUAUCCGAGCCUAUGACAUGGAAAACGUGGUGAUGAGGCAAGACUCCGGGUUCCUCAUUUUGAAAGUGCUUGGCCUUGCCGAGAGACGACCUUCCGUGCUCUACAGGGAUCGAAUUUACUUGAUGCCUCCCGGUACGCAAGACAAGGAAUACGAGGGAUAUGUACACCGAGUUAAUGCAGAGGAAGUUUUCCUCAAGUUUGCCAACGAUUUCCACCGGGUGUUCAUCCAGGGCACCCGUUUUGACGUUCGGUUUUCCUUCUCCAGGACGAACUUGAAGCGAUGCCACCAUGCAGUUGCCAGCAUCUCGCCCCAGCUUUGCAACAUGUUCGUGUUUCCAAACCCGACCAUCUCGCCCCCGCCACCACCACCACCACCGCUGAGGUUUCGUCCCAUAAGCCAUGGUUCGCUCAACGAAGAACAGAUGUCCGCGGUGCAAGAGAUCGUCGCAAAGAGAGGUGCUCCGCCAUAUAUCAUCUUCGGUCCACCCGGAACUGGGAAAACUGUGACGGUUGUCGAGGCCAUCUUGCAAGUCCGUCGCCACAACAAGGACGCGGUCAUCUUGGCCUGUGCUCCCUCCAACAAUGCCUCGGACCUCUUGCUCGAGCGCCUGGCCAAGUUCGUGGAGAACCGACACAUGCUCCGUCUCAAUGCUUUCACGCGCUCACGCGCCGACAUCCCUGACAAAGUGAAGGAAUUCUCCAACGGUGAUGGUAGCCCGUUUGCCAAUUGCCCGAGUCGAGAGGAGCUCAUGUCUUUCAAAAUCAUCGUCACGACAUGUAUGAGCGCCGGAAUGCUCCACUCUCGGGGUGUUCCCGCCGGUCACUUUUCUCACAUCUUUCUGGACGAAUCCGGCCAGCCAACCGAGCCCGAGGCGAUGGUGGCGGCCAUCAACUUUGCGGCCCCAAGCACCGUGCUUGUUCUUGCGGGGGAUCAUCAGCAGCUCGGCCCCGUGAUCCGGUCGUCGCGGGCGGACAAGUUCGGCCUCAGCAAGUCAUUCCUGGAGCGUCUCAUAUCCUCGCCACCUUACACCCCUCCCUUCAAGAAGGAAAUGGUGACGAAGCUUGUGAGAAACUAUCGCUCGCAUCCCAGCAUCUUGGAUCUGCCUUCGAGGCUCUUUUAUCAGGGUGAACUGGUUCCUUGCGCUGGAGAGUUCUCGCGCUCCUUGUGCGAGUGGGGUUGGCUUCCAAACAAGAAAUUCCCAAUCCUCUUCAUUGGGGUGGAAGGCAAAGACUUGCGGGAGGGCAAUAGUCCGUCGUGGUUCAAUGCAGCAGAAGUGAGCAAAGUGAUGGAGGUGGUGAAAAGCCUGAGGGAUAUGAGGAGAAACAAGCCCUUGCCAACGGAGAUCGGGAUCAUCACACCAUACCGCAAGCAGGUCCAGAAGAUCAAAGGCUUCUUAUCGAAAGAGAGGCUCGCAGAGAUCAAAGUUGGAAGCGUGGAGGAGUUCCAGGGCCAGGAGAAGCGUGCCAUCAUCGUGAGCACCGUCCGCUCGUCACUGGAGUUCCUGGGGCACGACAAGAAGUUCAACCUGGGAUUCUUGUUCAAUCCCAAGCGCUUCAAUGUGGCCAUCACUCGCCCGCAAGCGCUGCUCGUCGUCGUGGGCAACCCGGGCAUCCUCUCCAAGAACGAGCAUUGGAACAAGUUCAUGCGCUAUUGCAUCCGGAAUGGAUCCUACACUGGCUGCCGGAUUCCAGCAACCGACGCUCCUGACAAUACUCCUGACUACCUGGAGAUCAGCGAUGAUGAAGCCAAGGACCAGCCAUGGCGCGAAGCAGUCUAAUUCUGAGAUCCUUGGCCAUGAAAUAAUCAGCAGCAAAUGCCGAACUGGCAUGUUUGCAUAAAGAUUGUUCUUAGUUUUUGUGGCGAGUUGAACAGCCACCGUCUUGGAGAGCAA